AUGAGCGUUGUUGCCAGUAGAACGGAGAGCCCUGCUGUGCCGUACACUUACCAGCAGGAGGAUUGCAAAGAAUGGACUGUCACCGUCCAACCUGUGAGGUCGCGAACUUCCUCAAUCUCCUCCUACAAGUCCAACUACACCACCUCGACCGCGCCGACCUCCAAUCCUCCCACCUCCCCUACUCCUUCGUCUCGCAAGUGUGAUUCAGUGGGGUCAAUUGCCAAGUCCAUUGAACCCGUUCAACGAAGAGUACCCAUUGAGGUAUAUGAUGUGAUCAUCGGCAACCUGGAAACUCUACACAAAGCCUCUGAUCAGACAGGUUGCACAACAUGCUUUCAACGCGACCUGCAUGCCUUGUCCUUGACCUGCAGGUCUUGGGAGAAGGCUGUCCGCUCUCGACUCUACACGCAUAUACACAUCGUUGGCAACGACUCGCCCGCUCAAUUGAAGAAAUACCGCCUCAAGAGAGGUAGUCGCUUGAAGCUGCUGAGACGCACCCUACGGGAACGCAAAUCACUGGCAAAUCUGGUCCGUGAAUUACGCGUGCCCCAGAUGGACCUUCUCUUCACCACAACAAAGCAGAGCGCGCAAUGGCAAGAUUAUCGAGACCUGAUUGCGUCAGUCGUCAUGGUUUGUCCGAAUUUGGAGCGAUUGCUCGGUUUGACGGUCCCAUACCACCAUGAGUUUGACCGCUUGACACAUGCUUUAUCUACGCGCAAGAAGUUGAAAGAACAUACUUGGGUUUUGGGCGAAGCAGCCGAAGUUACCGAAAUGUCUCCACGGGGUGAUUCGUGUCCGGGCAGCCUGGGUCCCUGCCAGAUGUUCGAGUUCUUGGAUUACCACGUCUCAUGGUCGAAUUUGGAAACUCUAAUGCUAUAUGGAUUGAAUGGAAAUGGUGCACUGGAACCCAGUCUCUUUCUGCGCAUGUUUGAUCUUCUCCCUUCCCUGAAGAAUCUGUGUAUCACUUCCUUCAACGAGGACGCUUUCGCCGAUAGCACACUGCUGUGUUUGCCUGCCUUGGAAUCCUUGAGAUUAGAGAACCUACCUGGAGUCACCGAGGGUGGUCUAACCCAAUACACAUCGCGCCCAGAAACCCUUUCUCUCAAGUCCUUCGUCCUGAUCGAGCAGAACAUUGAGUCUCUGCUCGUCAUUUCCAAGAUUCUCUCUUCACUCAGGCAACUUGAACGCUUCAAGUUUGUCCAAACAGCCAAAUGUCCUAUUAUGCCGGAUGAAGGAAUGGUUUUCCAGCCAAUAUUGGCUUCUUCUACCUUGAAAUACCUACACUGGGAUGUGGCCUGUCCUGAUCCUGGCACCGCCCUUACUCAACUCGAUUGCCUCCCUUUCCAAAACCUUACCAAGGAAUCCGACUCCCCAAACUUCCAUCUCGCCCAGAGCAUUCUGUCUGCUGGCUUCCCAGAACUCGAAACCCUACGUGCACCGAACGAUGUCGAGCCUCCGGGUAUCCUGCAGGCUGUUUGUCGACCCAUCACCAAAGGCCAAGCUCUGUUACGACCAGACAGAUACAGUUUGCCUCGCAGCUCCCAUGGCUCUGUUAAUACUCGGCCACUCGCUCUACCUGCAGGAAACAAUCUGACGAGUUCGCGAAUCCGUGCGCAGACUUUCAUCGAUAUGGCUGUCAAGGAUCCAGAAGCCGGUCUGCCUGUCUUGAUUCAAGAUUUUUCCGAUAACUAUGUCCCCGACAACGCCCUUGGAGCAUAUGACGACGACCCAGAGCAGGAGAUGGACGACUAUGGCAUCUGGGCUGCUGCUGAGCGGUAUAAAAACCGGUCUCCCGGUCUAGACGACGACGAAGGUCCCAAGACAGUCUACGAGUUCCGAAUGCCUGCAUAUAUGGGCCGAAUCGGCCUAAAAGACCCUCAGACGGGUGCAUCCAUUCCCCGGUUUCUUCUUCGCCCUGAUAUCCCCGGUCAAGAAUCAGAAGGUGGUUUGAUCGGAUGGAAGCAACUCCUCGCAUCUAAUCAAUCAUUAUCAUAUGCUGCCGGCAUGGGUGUCCACUGCUUCGACAGCCGUAGCACAGUUCACUUACCUCUGCCUAUGGAGGAAUUCGCCUCGCCAACUUCAACAACUACCUCACGAUUCGGAUGGGGCAGCUUGAGCGGGCGCUCUAGCACCCCUGCAACCCCUACUACUCCGAUUACCCCCAUGAGCCAUGGAUUCAAUUCUGCCCUGCCUUGGGAUAAGGACUCAUGCACUGGAUCCUGGAACCAUAAAGCUGGUCGGGACUGGUGGUUCCAUAUGGAACGCGACCGCCCAGGACAUUCUGAGCUGAUUGAUGCCCAACAACUCUUUUAA